AGGGUCAGAUUAGAAACCGACUUUUCGACUGACGAUGUCUGCGCUGCCGGCUCGCAAACGCUCUUUUUGUCAAGUGGACAGCAGCGGAACACCGAACGCACUUCUUUUUCCAAAUAGUCGCCGGUGUGGUCAAGCCCUUGAAGAAACAUCCGAUGAGAUUGAUACCGUGAACGCGUUGAAGGGCUGCGUGUCCGAGUCACAGCCUUCGCCGACAGCAUGGGAUGAUACAGACACCAAAUACUUCGCCGACACAGUGUCCAAAGCAGACAAGUUCAGGCGUUACGAAGAGGCCAAGCUGCGAGUCAGGGAGUUUUACAAGGAGCAGCAUUCAAAGCAGACAGUGGCAUACAAUCUUAAGGCUCGAUGCAUGAUGAACACCAAGAAGAGAGCUCGUAUGGGUGUGUGGGCUGCAAUCGAAAAGCUGAACACGUUGAUCGACGACUCCGAUCCCGAUAUCGAAUUGAGUCAAAUUCAGCAUCUGCUGUUAACAGCGGAGGCUAUCCGAAGAGACAACAAACCUAGGUGGAUGCAGUUAACCGGACUAAUUCAUGAUCUGGGAAAACUUCUGUAUUUCUUCGACGCAGAAGGGCAGUGGGAUGUUGUCGGCGACACUUUCGUGGUAGGGUGCAAAUUUCCACCAGAAUGCAUCUUCCCGGAAACCUUCAAGGCGAACCCGGACUACAAACAUCCAAUUUAUUCGACACAGUACGGCAUUUACAAGCCUCACUGCGGUUUAGAUAACGUUAUGCUGUCUUUUGGCCACGACGAAUACCUGUACCAGAUCUGCAAACAGCAAUCCUCCCUACCUGAAGAGGCGCUUGCAAUGAUAAGGUACCAUUCGUUCUAUCCCUGGCAUCGGGAAGGUGCGUAUCGACACCUAAUGGCGCCCAAGGAUCAUGAGCUGUUGAAAGCCGUACAAGCAUUCAAUCCAUACGAUCUUUACUCGAAGGAUGACACGUUACCAGACGUUGAUAAGCUGAAGCCAUACUACAUGGAGCUCAUUGCUGAGUAUUUUCCUCCGCUAGUUGAUUUCUGAGAACAUUGCACAGGGUAUGUUAGCCAUUGGCACGGCGUGCACGGAUAUGGACACAAUCGAAAGGACACAUUCAGGUAAUAUGGCGUUUAGCAUUAAGCAUACCUAGC